CUUCUCCUCCCUUUUCCUCCCAGUGAGAUCUGCUGGAACCGUCUGCCGCAGGUCUGGGUUUUGACUGGCCACCAGCUGGAGGUGACGGCGAAGGCGCACUGUUGUCCAUUCAACGGAAAACAAUUGUAAAGGGUGAGAGGAAGCAGGGAGGAAGCAGGAUCCAGGAUCCAGGAGGAAAGGUGUUGGGCGGUGAGGGUGAGGAGCUGCGUCCUCCUGCGGUCUGACAGCAGCACCGGGGAGGGAGGAUACUGCGCAGCCUGCUGCAACAAAGCAACCAGAUUGAUUUGGUGGGUAAAAACUCCCUCGUAUUUCAACAAAAGAUGGAUUUCCCGGACGACUUCCUGCUGGCUGAGCUGCAGAUCUUCAACAACUCAUUUUUCCACAACAACUUCAGCAGUGGCUACAAUGAGACAGAUGCUUUACUGCCAACAGGCAUGAAGGUCACCAUUGUAGUCGUCUACAUGAUUGUCUGCGUAAUUGGCCUCGUGGGAAAUUUCCUGGUCAUGUAUGUCAUCAUGAGAUACACAAAGAUGAAAACAGCCACAAACAUAUACAUCUUUAACCUAGCUCUGGCUGAUUCUUUAUUCCUGGCUACUCUCCCUUUCCAGGGAACGGAUGUGUAUCUGGGCUUCUGGCCAUUUGGGAAUGCCCUGUGCAAGUCAGUUGUGUCUAUCGACUACUACAAUAUGUUCACCAGCACCUUCACCCUGACGGUUAUGAGUAUGGACAGGUAUGUGGCCGUCUGCCACCCUGUCAAGGCACUGGAUAUGAGGACUCCUCACAAGGCUAAGGUGGUGAAUAUCUGUGUGUGGGUGUUGGCUUCUGCCUUUGGUGUCCCGGCAAUGGUCAUGGGAAAUGUAGAGGAGGAAGAAGAGCAUAACAGUGUUGAGUGCAUUGUGGUUUUGCCUGAACCAAAGACUCACUGGGAACCUGUUUUUGGCACCUGUGUUUUCAUCUUCUCCUUCCUCAUUCCUGUGGCUAUCAUCAGCAUCUGCUACAGUCUUAUGGUCAAACGCCUGAGAAAUGUUCGCAUCCUAUCCGGCUCCAAGGAGAAGGAUCGCAAUCUACGACGUAUCACCCGAAUGGUCCUGGUGGUGGUAGCAGCAUUCGUCGUCUGUUGGACUCCCAUCCAGAUCAUGGUCCUGGCUCAGUCCCUGGGUUUUAACCUGAGCAGCCUGUACACUGUGGUCAUGAUGCAUUUCUUCAUCGCACUUGGCUACGUCAACAGCAGCUUGAAUCCAGUACUUUAUGCCUUCCUGGAUGAAAACUUCAAGCGUUGCUUCCGUGAGUUUUGCCAGCCAUCUCCGUUCCGUCUCGACACUCAGCAGUCCGGCAGAAUGAGGAGCAUUGCCAGAGAGGUGGCGGCCGCUUAUAGCUGCAAGACUGGAGAUGGCGGUGGGCUAGGGGGAGGGACGCCUAAUCCAGCAUGACUAGGCGUGGAACUCCCUUUAGUGGGUGUAGACCCCCCACAGAGAGGAGAGACCCACGGCACGGGGAAUUCCAACACAGACCUGACUCAGAUUACAGCUCUCUAGCACCACGCACCCUCCCGACCCCCGUCUAGGAGACUGGCCUGGGAUGGGGAGGAGGGAGAUGAGAAGGAUGGGACUGAAAGGAAAAUAAUCUAAAUUGGGAAUGACAAGCAUACUUCCCAUAGGUGCAGAGUUGGAAGGAUUGUGGAUAUCUUGGUGUGGAUCGCCUGAUUUGGAAGUACUGUAGCGUAAAACCCAGCACUUGAUUGAGACACAUAUUGCCCUAACUUCACAAGAAUGAGACAAUAUUUUUUUUUUUUUUUUUUUUUUAAACAGAAUUCACUCAACUGAAGGCAAACCUUAAGAAAUCGCGUAUGGGGAAUCAACUGGCAAUGACAGAAAUUAAAGCAUUAUUUUACAUUUUCUUCAGCUCGAAAAAGUAAUGAUCAAACAAAGGUUCUGCUAAUAGACACUGGUUCUUAUUUGCUGCACUUCUGUAAA